AUGGCAUCUGCGUACAAGUCAGCAAUGCGCUCUGGCGACUCCUCCGAAUCAGACGACUCGAAGUCCAUCUCGUCCGAUCAAAGCAGCAAUACCGUUCGUGCUAACUCGCCCAGCGAAGAAGACCACUCCGAUCAUCAGAAGAAGCAAAUCGAUGCCUCCCAGUCCAUUACCUCCGGAAUCAGGAACCGUAUCUUGAUGCUCACGUCUCGCGGGGUUUCAUAUAGACACCGACACUUACUGAGUGAUCUGCAUUCACUCCUCCCUCACACUUACAAGGACACGAAGCUCGAUACAAAAUCAUCAAACAACUACAAUUCCGCACUCAACGGCCUCGCCGAUCUUCAUUCCUGCAACUACAUUUUCUUCCUUGAAGCACGGAAGCAUGGUCAAGACCUCUACCUCUGGCUAGCGCGGGCGCCAAACGGACCCACGAUAAAGUUCAAUGUGACGAAUGUACAUACAAUGGCCGAACUCGGUUUUGGAGGAAACUGUUUGAAAGGCGGAAGGGGCAUUGUUGUGUUUGACAAAAGCUUCGAUGGAGCGAUCGCUGGACAAGAAUAUCGCUCAUUACUGCGAGAAAUGCUUCGAGGUGUGUUCUGUGUGCCUCCGAAAGGCGUAAAGGGCAUGAAACCGUUCAUUGAUCGUGUCAUUGGGAUUUACGAACUUGAUGGCAAGAUAUGGAUUCGUGUUUACGAAAUCCGCGAGUCUGACCCCGAUAAGUCCAGCAAAGAAAACGUCAAAGGUGUGGAUGUCUCCCUUGUUGAGAUCGGUCCCCGCCUUGUCCUCACGCCCGUCGUCAUCUUAGAGGGAAGCUUCGGUGGCCCAGUCAUUUUCGAGAACAAACAAUUCAUCAGCCCAAAUCAACUACGUAGUGAGAUAAGACUGCGUAGAGCAAGCAAAUAUGCCAGCAGGAGAGGAGGUGCAGAGGAAAUCCAAGUCAAACGAAAAAUCCUGGGUCUAAAUUCGAACGCGAGGAAAAGACCGUCAAGUCUCGACAAUUCAAGACUAUUUGCCGAAUGA